GGUAACUGCUCUGGAAUUGGGUUGACGUGUUGACAGACAUCAAUACAAAAGGGUCUCUCAAGGGUUUCAAUGUAAAUAUUGGCUCCUUUAACCGUAUGAAUGUAUGGUCGUUCAAUCCUUGUGGUUUUGCAUUUCUUGCUGAGGAAAACCACUUUCGCUUUGGUGGUGCACGUGAUUUGUAUAGUGAUUCAAAGCUUUCUUUAGAUUCACAUGUCCACAUCCUGGUGGAUUGGGUAAUUGGAGGAGGCAAGCGGAAUUGCUCACAGGCUACAGAAUGCAAGGCAAAUAGGUUCUGCAUGGACGAUGAAGAUCUUGGUGGAUAUCGCCGCAGCUGCAAUAAAGGUUACCAGGGCAAUCCUUAUCUUCAUAAUGGCUGCCAAGAUAUCAACAAGUGCGAGGAUAAUAGCAUCUACCCUUGUUAUGGAAGAUGCAUUAAUAGUCCCGGGAAUUACAGUUGUACAUGUUUGCAAGAAUAUGAAGACGAAGUCAAUAAAAAAUACGGCUGUCGACCGGUUGCUAAUCAAUCAAAAUUUCCAGUGGUGGUAUUCUCUGUUGAUUUGGUUGGGAUUAUUUUGUCAUUAGCUGGGAUCACUGGGAUAUUCUUUAGCAUCAAGAAGAGGAAACUUAUGAAGCAACGAGAGAAGUUUUUUGAGAAAAACGAUGGUGUGUUGCUCAAACAAAAACUGAAUUCACAAAAGGUUGCUUACACCGUGACUGUAUAUAUCACCAAACAGCUUCCAAAAGCAAUCAAUACCUAUUCAAAUGAGCAAACUGUUGGUCGAGGAGGUUUUGAGGUUGUUUAUAAAGGAGUAUUGUCGGAUAAACGCGUUGUUGCAAUAAAGAAGUCUGUUUCAGUGGAAGUGGAGGUACCGGUAUUGGUGUAUGAGUUCAUUCCCAAUAACACACUUUUCCAUCACAUUCAUAAUGAAGAGGGUGGAACGAGUUGGUUAUCAUGGGAGAAUCGAUUGAGGGUUGUUGUAGAAGCUGCAUCUGCACUUGCAUACCUUCAAUCUCAUGCCACCACCCCCAUCAUCAACAGAGAUGACACACUUGGGUACUUGGAUCCUUGA